AUGGAAGCAAUUGAGCUUCAGUCCAAGACCACCGUCUCUGCCGCACACGAGACGGAUGGCAAGUCGUCCAUGGAUCGUGAGCAGCGCGACCGUGCCCAGCUCUUGAGACUGGGCAAACGGCCUGUUCUGAAGCGAACAUAUGGCUUUAUGGCUAUCCUCGGCUUCACAACCACCAUCCUCGUCACCUGGGAGGGCGUUCUUCUAGUUUUCAACAUUGGUCUAGAAAAUGGCGGCCCUGCCGGGAUGAUUUAUAUGUACCUCUUUGCCUGGGUCGGCGCCUGGUGCACCUUUGCUUCACUAUGUGAGCUAGCUUCCAUGGCUCCCAUAUCCUCCGGUCAAUACUUCUGGGUCGCAAUGCUUGCACCCCCCUCGUGUCAACGUUUCCUGUCCUAUCUGACCGGCUGGAUGACAUCCAUAGGCUGGCAGGCUCUGGUCGCCUCGACGGCCUACAUUUCCGGCACGCUGAUUCAGACAUUGGUCGUCAUCACAAUCCCCUCGUACGAAGCGACCAGUUGGCGAGGGGUCCUUCUUAUCUAUGCGGUACUCCUGUUUGGAUUCGCUAUUAACACCGUCGCCCGUCGCCUACUGCCCACCCUUGAAGGCCCGGUACUUUGCCUCCAUAUCCUGGCAUUCUUCGGUGUGCUCGUUCCGCUAUGCGUGCUCAGCUCCAAGCGUGAGUCAGGUGAGGUCUGGACUUACUUUGUUAACGAAGGCGGCUGGGACACACAGGGACUUUCUACCAUGGUCGGCCUACUUAUGUCUAUUUUCUUGUUCACUGGUGUUGAUGGCGCCAUCCACAUGUCGGAGGAGAUUAAGAACGCUGCAAUCGUCGUGCCCCGCUCCAUCAUGACCAGCAUGGGCAUUAACGGGGCCCUUGGUUUCGGUAUCCUGCUCGCUGUAGUCUACGCUACAAUGAACAUCGAAGAUACUCUCGACAGCCAGGCGGGUGAGGCUGGGUACCCUUUUCUAUACGUAUUGCAAGAUGGCAUUGGGUCACUCGGUGGUGCGGUGGCCAUGGGCGCCAUAAUCGCCGUGAUGCAGACCUUUGGUAACGUCGCUGAUAUGGCAGCUGCCUCGCGUAUGUGGUGGGCUUUUGCUCGCGACAAAGCCAUUCCCGGCUGGAGCUUUUUUCUCAAGCUCGAUUCUCGCACCUCCCUACCCAUGCGAUGUAUCUUAUUCACGGUCAUCGUGUCUGCCCUCCUUUCCCUGAUCAGCAUUGGCAGCACGACAGCUUUCAAUGAUAUUGUCGCCCUCGUCACAUCAGGCUAUUACUCCUCUUAUCUCAUGGCGAGUGGACUCCUCUUGUACAGACGGUUGACAGGAGCCAUCGUCAUGCCAGGCAUGGAGGACUCACCAUACGAACCGGUCAAUAAUGUUGGGCGACGACUUGUCUGGGGCCCCUGGCGCAUCCCCGGUAUUCUGGGUGUUUUGGUUAAUGCAUUCUCCGUCAUUUACUUGACUGUCGCUCUCUUUUGGUCCUUCUGGCCCUCGUAUUACCCCGUCACGGCUGAGAAUAUGAACUACAACAUACUCAUCAUCGGAGCUACCUUACUUUUAUCCAUUGCCUAUUACAUCUUUCAUGCACGGAAGGAAUAUACUGGGCCGAUUAUUGAGACGGUGCCAUCUGAUUUCGAGACACGGUGA